AUGUGUGAACCAGCUGAUCUUAACUCAUGGCGCGAAGUUUUGGUCCUUAUGUUCUACCCCCGAGCUCGUGCAAUGGCCUACCGCAACGCGCUGAUCAAAGAAAAGGCCGUGGUCCACAAUUAUAAGGGCAUUCUCGUUGGCUACACAGAGCAGAUACAACACUUUGAAGGAGACUGGGAUGACCGAAUCUGCGUGGGCGUACUGAAAUUUGCCAACACACGCUUGACAAAGCUCUGGCUUGAAAGUGACCAUCCGGUUCGCCAACCCGACUUCUUGGACCAAGUUGAAAUACUUAUCGUGCCGUUACAGAAAAACGAUAUGAGUCAGAAAGGCUACCCCAUCAUCGAAAUUACCAACCUUCAUCUAAGUUUCAAGGACCUAUACGAAACCAAAUAUCUUCCGGAGCUUGAUUGCCUGGUUCAGAAAUUCGGGGGUGUUCCAUUGAUCGUAUGUCAGAACGAACCGUGGAAGUGGCGCGGGGUUGAGGACCCAGGAAGCAUCAGCAUCAACCAGUGGCCUGACUGGCAAAGCUACGAGAGAUAUUGUGCUAGAGAGGAAACAAAGAAAUUGGAUGACAUGCGGAAAACCAUUGGAAAUGGUUACAAAAUCACUGCUGAACUCAUUACUGACAUUGCGCACACGAUAGAUGAACUGAUCACACUGCACAGGUUGCGUUGGCUUGGCCACGUGCUGCGUAUGCCAGUCGACCGCAUUCCUCGAAGGGCUCUUUUCGCCCGACCAUGUGAAGGGUGGAAGAGAGCCAGAGGCGGUCAAACAAUGACUUGGCAGCGAAGUAUGAAAGCCAUUACCAGCAAACUCAGCUGCGCUGGUCACUGCCGUCUUCCUGGAUGGGGACCCCGAGACGGGCCACAUCAAUGGCUAGAGACAUUAUCAGACAUGGCCCAGUCGCGCCCUCAAUGGCGCUCGUGCAUCCAAGCUAUUGCCUUCAAUGCAU